UUACUUUCUGUUUCAGUUCUGCUCCAAGUUGUUGCAGUAUGGGGCGUGUAGUUUCACUUUCUUUUUCGCCUACAUCUCCCAGCGUCUCCCCAUUAAAUCCACUCAGUUCCUUUUAUGUUCUGCACUGUGCCAUGAUCAUGCCUGGGAAAAAGCACUGAUAUUUACCUGCUUUUGCUGACUCCUGAUCACCUGGAUUAAAGCAUCCAGCCCUGGACUCGUGGAUGUAGCGUUCAGGUCAGGCGUGAUCUGCAAACAAUCCCAACUUUCCUUUGCACUGAAAUCAAAAGCGAAUCCGGUUAAUCCAGUCUCUCAGGAGCCUUUGUUGAGUUCGCCUGAAUGCAGGGAUGGUAAGGAAAGUAAAGCUACAGAUAUAGUGUGCUAAAUUUUGGGAUAUUGAGUUGGAGUGGAUCGCCAUGGAGCUCCGGGCGGCUUCAGCGGACGCGCAGCAGCAGCUGGCCGGUGACAGGACGCACGAGUCCCGCAUGGACGAGUACCUGCGCUCGCUGGGUUUUUACCGCAAAAAGAUCGCCAAGGAUGGGUCAUGUCUGUUCAGAGCCGUGGCAGAACAGAUACUGCAUUGUCAGGGUUUACACACACAAGUGCGGGCGGCCUGUGUGAAUUAUCUUAGACAGAACAGACCUACUUAUGAGCUGUUUAUCGAAGGCAACUUUGAGAAAUACCUGGAGAAUCUACAGGAUCCUCAGAGCUGGGUUGGACAGGUGGAGAUCUCUGCAUUGGCUGAGCUCUAUAAGCAUGAUUUUAUUAUUUUUCAGGAGCCUGAUCAACCGCCUGUUAACCUCACAGAGAACGGCUUCACUCAUAAGGUGCGCCUGUGCUUCCUCAACGGAAACCAUUACGACAGUGUUUACCCUGAAUCCUUUGAGAAAAAUGCUGCUGUAUGUCAAUCGAUCCUGUACGAGCUGCUGUAUGAGCGAGUGUGUGGCGUCGAACGCAACGUUGUGGGAUCAUGUGUGAAAGGAGGACGAGGACGAGAUAGACAGGACUCAGAGGAGUGCAAGAGCAGUGAGGAGUCUGAGCUGGAGGAAGACGACUUCUGGUCUACUGAACCCAGAGAGAAGACGAGCAACGGGAUGAAUGCCAGACCACCGCAAAGGGGUCGUGGGAGGGGCUACUCAAGAGGAAGGGGGCGGGAAUUUUUGUCCACUAAGGUGCAGAAGUCCCUAAACCCCACCCUCUACAGGAACGUGGAGUAUGACGUGUGGCUCCGUUCGAAACGACUCCAGCAGCAGCGAGACUUCUGCAUUGCCGCAGGGAUGCAGUACUCAGUCGGAGACAAGUGCAAGGUGCAGCUGAGUGGCAGCAAUCGGCUCUAUAGUGCUUAUGUUAAAGAAGUCAGUCCAGACAAUGGGCCAGUCACUGUCUUUAUUGAGGAACUCAACAAACAGCAAACGGUGCCGUUGUUAAACUUGCGUCUUCCGUCUGAAGAGCCUCAGUCUUGGCACACGGUGUCAGAGAGGGGAAAAAGACAAGCUGCGCCAAACAAUGGUGCGCAAAUUCCUUCGGAAUGGGAAAGCAGAGGAGGUCGGAGGCCAAACAGAAUGCAGUCUCAGUCGGCACCCAGCGUUCGUGUACAUAAGCAACACUCCUGGCCUCCGCAGGCCACAACUGAUGAUGCAAGAAACAAGUUCAGACGGUCUGAUCAGCGCAGCAGUCCUGUGUGUAUUCUGCCAGAAGAGGAAGAGGAAAGCGUUGUUUUGGAGCUUCUGCACAAAGAUGAGCACAACUUCCCCUCACUUGGACCCAGCCCCCAAACGGCCACUCCUGGUGAGGUCAUAAAGAAAGGAGGGGAAAAGAAAAGCCAUCGGAAAAAGGAACAGAAGGAGAACUUCAUGGAGACAGAAGCAUCUCAGAAGCCUUUACAGAGGCAGAAGAGUGGGACUGAAGAAAAACAUGGGAUAAAGUUUUCUGAGGAACCAAGGCAAAGGUCUUCUUCAACAAUAAACGAGAAAUUACAAGAGAAACCUAUCCCUGUCGCUGCUUCUCCACCUUCACCUGCUAUCUUCUUAUCUGGUCCCAAAACACCCAUUUCUUCAUCUAAUUCUGCCACUUCCCCUGAUCCUAACCGGUCUGCUCCUGAGGCAGUUAAAAAGGCAACCAUCCAACCUAAGUCUAGCCCUGCUCAAAACCCUGACAACAGUCAUUUGGAACCAGUGUCAACUUUAGCCUCUUUACAGCACAUCUCUAGGGUAGCACCAGUCUCAGAAACCACUCCUGCCUCGCAGUUUAUCUCUGGUGCAGCACCAGUGUCAGUUGUCCCACCUGCCUCACAGUCUAUCUCUGCCACCACUCCUGCCCCACAGUCUAUCUCUGCUGCAGCACCAGUUUCUGUUUCCACCCCUGCCUCAGACUCUAUACUUGUGGCAGCACCAGACUCAGCUACCACCCCUGCCUCACAGUAUAUCCCUGGGUCAAGGGCAGUCUCAGUUAGCACCCCUGCCCCACAGUCUAUCUCUGGGGCAACAGCAGUCUCAUCUAACACCCCUACCCCACACUCCAUCUCUAGGGCAACAGCAGUCUCAGUUACUGCUCCUGCUCCACACUUCACCUUUGUGGCAACAGCAGAAUCCAUUUCCACCCCUUCCCCACACUCUAUCUCUGGAGCAACAGCAGUUGCCACCCCUGCUCCUAUUCAAUCUGCACCUGCACUAAAUUCUACCAAACCCUCAUUCCAAAUGGCCCAAUUGCCUACAGUGGAGCUCCUGCCCAGAACUGAAGCACCAUCUCAGUUCACCUCGGUUGAAUUGGUUGCAUCUCAGAUCACCCUAGUCCCUUUACCUACUUCUACCCCAACCCAAACUACUCUGGCCCCUACUUGCCCAAUCCCAGCUGCCCCAGUUGAAUCCAGCUUGUGCAUUCAAACUUUGCCACCAGCCAAUACUUCUACUCUAUCCCCAACACCAUCAUCCACAAUACCGAUUUCUGCACAGGCUCAGGUUGCUACCCCUGUAUUAGAUUCCCCAGGCUUGUCUUCUACCCCACAUCCUAUUCAUGCAAACAAUGCUCCACCAAUUCCCAAAAAGACUGUUGAUCCUCAAACCACUAUGAUGCCAGUCCCUCUUCCCCAUGCUGCUCCCACCUCUAUCUCCCCAUCUAUUGGUUCUGCUAAUGCUUCACCUCCUGACUUACCUCUAGUCUCUCCAAAAGAAUCAGUCCCAUCUGCUUGUGAAACAUCAACCAUACCUGCCUCUGGUGCAGCGCCUGUUGUUGACCACCCAUCCCAACCCCAACACCUGCCCUUUCCUCAAGUCCAGUGGUCUCAGCUCCUACAGGACCCAGUUUAUCCAGGAUUUCCACAGAAUGAGAAGGGACAGUUGGAACCACCUCCACCGUUUUCCUACUCCCAGAAAGGAGAGGACCUACCGAAAGAUAUUAGUGUCCUCAAGUUCUUCUUCAACCUUGGGGUCAAGGCUUACACCCAGCCAAUGUUUCCUCCUAUUGUAUAUCUGGCACCACUGAACCAAGCCUACCUUAGAGGUCCUUCUCCUUCCUCUGACUCUCCUGCUAAUCCCACCAUAACUUCGUGGCAGCCAGAAAACCCUUCUUCUCAGCCUCAAAGUUUGAGCUCCAUGGUUGACACCCCAUUGGACAGCCAUGCUCCAAUUGCACCUGUAGCAGCUGGUAGCAGUCCUGUUGAUCCCAUAGAGGUAAGAGGAUACAACGAUCCUCCAUCGAUUCCAAUGCAUGUGCCACCAAGACCACCAAUGCCUUGGUCAGCUCCUUCUGUUUCAAGUGCCUAUCCUGGGGGUUACCCAACUACUCCUCCAGUGCAGUUUUCCACACCUCCAUAUCCACCCCCUGGGAAUCAGAUGUAUCCACCAUCAUCUGUUGGAUACCAUCGUAUGCCAUUUCCACCAAUGCCUUUAGAAGCAAUAAACCAUGGGCCUCAUGGUCCGAUUGAUGUCUUGCCUUUUGCUCGCCCCACACUUGAAAGAGGUCAAGAGAAUGGUCAGUUGUCAAUAAACCCCCAAUUUAGGUCUGUACAGAACUCUGCUGGCUUUCCUGGAGGCCAACCUCAUUUUUUGAGUGGUGUAGAUUUCAAGUCAGUAGAUACUCCUGUUUCUCUGGGUGGAAUGGAACCUCCUCCUUAUGGUGGACACUGUUCGGUACCAUCUUUUCAGAUUGGCCCAUUGCAAGGAGACAUGUCAGGAUUGAUCCCUUUACCAAAUGGGAGCUUAGGAAGACAAGGGGGGGCCUUCCCGAAGAACCUACAUGCUGAAGACUCUUCCCGCCUCGUCCAUACAUUUUCUCCUGAAGAAAAGUGGCCAGAGGAAAUGGAGUCCACCAAUGUAGACUUGAGAGUUCCUCAGUUAUACUACAGCCAUUCCUACAGGGGUGGAGGAAGGCGUGGCCAAGAGGACAGAGGAGGAUAUCGAGGGCGGAGCCAACGUGGACGGAAGGAUUAUAUAGGCCGAGGCAGACAAGACGACCAGUCCUACAGACAUUACGGGAGACGAGGUGCAGGGCCACAGUUGCCAUAUCAGUGACGCUGAAUGUUGUUUUGGUUUACAAUCAUAUCAGAUACAUGAAAUCUGUUGUUUUGAGUUUUGCUGGGUGUCUUUUGGGAUGUGUUAUUGAUUAGUUGUUUUAUCUAAUCAUUUUUAACCGUUUUGUCUUUAUCCUCACAUUCUUGCUAAUCGAAGCAACAUGGCUUCGCCUGUUCUGAUGUCACACAACCCCUGUGAAAAUGUAAACUGCAUAGGUAAUAAAGUCUAAUAAAACAUUUUGUUUUAAUGAGCACAAACUGAAUUUCCCGCAUGAGUGCACUUAAAAGCAAAAAUGAAUAAAGAUCAUUCCUUUAUUUUGGUUUGAGUCCUAAAGUUUUCAGAUCUAUGCAAAAUUGAUUUACGUUUAAUUUGUAUUAAAUUUAGAUUGUGCUACAAGGUGUUUUAAUAUGGAAUUUGUCCACACUGGUUCUCAGAGAACUUAAUUUAACUGAAAAACACUCCACUCGAUCUGCAUGGUGAGUAUAUUGGUGAUGGCAUCUCACCUUAAAAAAGGAAAGUGCCUUUAGUGUAGUGUAGAGUUUUGUCAAUGCAUUUUUUGGGACUUCUUGUUUGGUUUUCUUCAUGUCUGACCAUGCGUUUUCAUGCACUAUAAUCCCCAAGCAGUGGGUUCUGUGGAUGAAUGUUUGAUGCCAAAUGCCUGUAAUAACAUAUUUGAUCCAAAUAUGUGGUUUGAAACCAAAAACAACCGUUGUAUUAUCUAUUGUUCCCCAUUUUGACAAAUAAAACAGAAAGCCUAAGAAGA